CUUGACGAGCAGCUUCAUGCAUCUGGUUUAUGAGCAGUAUUCCAUAGACAUAUUGUUCUACACAGCUUUGGUCAAUCGAUCUGACAGACUUUCUUAAUCACCAGAGAUGUAUGUGUAAAGGGCGCUCUAUCAGGUUAGUGAAAUCUUGUCUGCCACGCGAGAUGGACCCUAACCUUGAUCGGCACUUUGUGGGGUCAACCCACGGCUCACAGCUUCUGUUUCCACGGCUCACCCUGACCUGACCCUGACCCUGACCAUGACCAUAGACCAUGACCAUGAAAUCCCCCGCGACAAUUGCAUCAAACCCAUUGGACCUGCCAGAAAUCCGCCUGCUAAUCAGUCGAUUCCUGACUGACAACACGCAAAGUCUUUACGCAUGCACCCUGGUCUCCCGCGCAUGGUAUGCCGAUUUCAUUCCUCAGCUCUGGCGCACUCUUCGAUUCGAUCGACAUCUUUCCCACCAUAUAACGCCAGAGAUCUUUCAGAGGCACGAGCAUCUGAUUCAGGAACUUGUCGUUAAUGACCCCGACUUUUUCCUUGAGAAUUACAACGGCGUCGGUUGUCGGAACAUAUCGCGUCUCAUAUACAAACCCCACGUCGCUGGACAUCGGUGGACCGUAUCAACCUAUAUCACAGAAGCCGAGGCCACCCAGGAGCUCUCGGAUGAUCAAGUCACUGUUAGCGAAGAUGAGGACAGUCAGUUAAACGUCGUGUUAGACAUGGAACGGGAUAGGAACAAGUUUCUUGAUCUGAUUGACCAACAGAUCUCGCUUCGAUAUAUCCAUGACAGCUCUGGUCAAAGCAUGACGCCGCCCUCACUCGAGUUCACAUCACGAUAUAUCAUGCAACAUCGACCAUUCCUUGCUUCUCUGUGCAUCAGCAAUUGGUCAGCCUCCACCCAGAUGAUGAACAUGAUGAUUAGGAACGCUCCUAACCUCGAACUACUCUCGCUGAAGAAUGUCAAGAUUUUCAAGCAGUCGAGGGUCAGGAACAGGUCUUUCGAGAUCCCAGACAUGAACGACGAGAAUGCCCUACGCUUACAACCGGAACAUGUGCUGGAUCUGCGACAGAUCAAGAUAUUGGAGCUCGACUAUCUUUUUCUGCAAAUGGAUCAUGCUGAGAUUCGUGGCGAUAACGUUCAAUCGAUUGAGCUCAUUGCCCGCAACUACUUUCUGCCGCGUAGCGCCUCUAUCAUAGGAGCCUUUAAUUCAAGGAACUUCAUUUGGACAUUCCCCCAGACGAGCAGUUUGACAUACACAGGCAGUAACGCUCUCUUGACGGACACUGAAAUCGACAGGGCUAUCUGCGGCAUCUUUGCAGGUUCAGCCGCACGCAGCGUUGCUCAUACUUCUCAGUCUCGCCAUAUCAAGGAGGUCGCACUCAUGCAUUGCGUACUUCCACGCUCGAUCUAUUCUGAAAUCGUGACUCACCUGAGCGAUGGGAUUGAGGCUCUGGACCUUUUAUUCUGCAAUGGAUUAUCGAGUGCGAACUUACAGCAAAUCAUGACCACUUGCGGUAAUCUGCGAGUCUUUCAAGGGCCGGAGGAGACGAUUUUCUGGACGAAGGACAUGCUGAACUCAGGACGACCUUGGGCUUCAUGCAGAUUGGAAACCCUUGUCGUCUUGGUUGGCACAGAAGUACGCGAAACGGGAGCCAGCAAAUACUCUGGUGGCGAUAUCCAUGAGGUGGACUGGAUCUUCCAGCAGGACUACACGAGGCGGUGUAUCGACUAUAUGUUUGAACAACUGUCCCGGCAAGAGUCGCUCGAAAUCUUGGAUCUCCGUAGCACUGGCGAGAUUGGUUUCCAUCGUGGUCUUGUGGGGAUCCCGUUGACGCUGAAAGCCGGACUCGACAGGCUGAAGGGGUUAAAGAAUCUGAAGAACGUGCUCGUGACAGGGUGGGAGAGCGAGAUGGGUGCUGCAGAGGCGGAGUGGAUGCUUACGCAUUGGCCCCGGAUCAAGAACGUCAGCAGGCAUGGAGAUGUAGACAGCACCGGUUGGCAGGAAUUCAUGCAGAAUCUGACAUUGAUAUAGAAAACAUCGCCUCUCGGGCCACGCACAAAUUUUAAAUACUAUAUGGUCGAUCUUUUCUUUAUACUCUCCCUUCUCUUCGCGCCACCGAUUCAUUUAUCU